CAAAAGACCCAAAUGCAACAUCCUCAAGCACGUACGCUACUCAAAUCUAUUGAGUACAUGGAUUAUCCGGAAUUUCUCGACAAGCACUACAAUCAAAUCGAACCUGGAGUUAGCGAUUUGAAAAAAAUCCAUAAGAUCGAAUAUACUAUGGCAGAAUAUCGAACAGUAAUUCAAGAUGCAAACUUGCUUUUAUCAUCAGAGAAAACAUUGAUCGACGUCGAUCCACCGGUGAUCAUAGUCGGCGAUAUUCAUGGCCAGUUCAAUGACCUAAUCAAUAUGUUUCUUCUUAUCGGACGACCACCAGAAAAACGAUACCUAAAAUACGGUUUUUGGAAUGAAUGCCUCAUGCAUCUGGGUGAAAACGGUGAAACUAUAUGGGCAAUGUUCCAGAGAUGCUUCAACAAUCUACCAGUGUCGGCUUUGGUAGCUACGAAAAUUCUUUGUAUGCAUGGUGGCCUGUCACCGAGUUUGGACUCUUUAGACGAUGUCCGAAAUACUUCGAAGCCAGUACGGAAUCCAUUCCGUGGAGUGAUCAACGACAUGUUGUGGGCCGAUCCCGAUUUGAACAUUUUGGAUUGGCGUACGAGCAGCCGUGGCUCAGGAUUUGCUUUCGGAUCACAUGUAAUUGACGAUUUCUGUGAACGCUUUGGGGUGGAACUCAUUGUUCGUGCACAUCAGAUGUGUCUUGAUGGUUUUUGGGUGACACCCAAUCGAAAGCUUCUUACACUUUUCUCUGCUCCUAUGUACUGUAAUUUGUACAGGUGGCCCUUGUGUUUUCUAUUUAUGUCCAGAACGACUACCAUGAGUUUAUGA